AUGUCUGAGAGGACCGGAAAGACUGAUCAAGAGGCAAGUGCCGAGGCCAUCGAUCGUGUCCACACUGCCGCUGCUCUUUCUAUUUCUCCGGAACUCUUCGAGCAGCUGUAUCUUGCGCCCAAGACAGCCGUUCGUGGGGAGUUGCGGCAAACCUUUGGCAACCCAACCCCCAUUGCUCUUGGUGGAUUCCUUCUUUGUACCACGCCGCUAUCGAUGAUACUACUGGAAUGGCAGGGUGCCGGCGGUAUAGCAGGAGCUGCGAACGUGGGUUCCUACUUCUUUCUAGGGGGCUUACUACUUGUUCUUGGGGGCAUUGGUGAAUGGAUCAUUGGAAACACAUUCCCUUCGACCGUCUUUUGCACCUUUGGGGGCUUCUGGCUUACCAUGGGAGCAACGAUCUGCCCCGGAUAUGGCGCCUAUGCCAUCUACUCGCCAUCUGGGAGUCCUUCCGAAGGACUAACCGAGCCCCAAUUCUUUGCGACCUUCUCGUUCUUCCUCAUUGGCAUGACAAUUCUCUGCGCCGUGUAUACAAUCGCCUCGAUCCGAACCAAUAUCGUUCUCUUUAGCAUUCUUUUGCUUCUGGUCCCUUGCUUUGCUUGCCUAUCCGCCUCCUUCUUUGCUGUUUCGCAUGGCCAAACCGGGCCCGCUAUAGUCUUUCAGCACGCAGGUGCGGCGCUUUUGCUUGUGGUCUCGCUGUUGGGAUGGUACAUAUUCUUUGCUCUUAUCCUGCUAUCGGUCGAAUUUCCAUUCAACCUUCCGUUGGGGGAUUUGUCAACUCUGGUAUCGGGAAUGAAGAAGAGAACUACGGAGAAAGAGCACGUGUAA